UCCUAAUCCCACUCUAACCCCCCCUCUCCCUCUCUCGAGAACCAAAGGCAUGGAUUCAACAUCCACCGUUUCCAUGCUCUUCCUCCUCUCCUCUUUCCUCCUCUUCAUCUUCCUCCCCUUCCUCUGCCUCCUCUGCACCCUAUCUUCAAAGAAAAGGCCCACUAGCUCAAAAGCCCAAAGCCCACCUCUCCCUCCAGGCUCCAUGGGCUACCCUUACAUCGGCGAGACCUUCCAGCUCUACUCCAACAAUCCCAACACCUUCUUCGCCCUCAAACAGAAGAAAUACGGCCCCAUCUUCAAAACCCACAUCUUGGGCUGCCCCUGCAUCAUGGUCUCAAGCCCCGAGGCCGCCAAAUUCGUCCUCGUCACCAAGCCCACCUCUUCAAAGCCCGGACGUUCCCGCGCCAGCAAGGAGAGGAUGCUCGGCCCCCAGGCCAUCUUUUUCCAGCAGGGAGACUACCACGCCCGCCUCCGGAGGCUCGUGCUACGGGCAUUCAUGCCUGACGCUACCCGCGCCAGCGUCCCCUGGAUCGAGGACGUCGCGCUGCGCGCCCUCCGGUCCUGGGACGGGCGGGAAAUCAACACUUUCCAAGAAAUGAAAACCUACGCGUUUAACGUGGCGCUCCUGUCGAUAUUCGGCAAGGAUGAGAUAUCGUCCAUCGAAGAGCUGAAGAAGUGCUACUACACAUUGGAGAAGGGGUACAACUCCAUGCCUGUUAACGUCCCCGGGACUCUGUUUCACAAAUCGAUGAAGGCCAGGCAGCAGCUGGGCCAGAUUGUUGCGAAGAUCAUCUCGUCGAGGAGGCAGAGGAAUGUAGAGGGGAGGGAUCUGUUGGGUUCGUUCAUGGAAUCGAAAGAGGCCCUCACUGAUGACCAGAUUGCCGAUAACAUCAUUGGAGUCAUUUUCGCCGCUCGUGAUACCACCGCCAGUGUUUUGACCUGGAUCGUUAAGUAUCUGGGAGAGAACCCUAGCAUCCUCAAAGCGGUUACGGAGGAGCAGGAGGAGGUGAUCAGAGAAAAGGAGAUGGCGGGGGGAGGAGACAAGACUCUAACUUGGGCUGACACGAAGAGGAUGCCUUUUACUUCGAGAGUGAUUCAGGAGACCAUGAGAGUUGCUUCCAUUCUAUCCUUCACCUUCAGAGAAGCAGUAGAGGAUGUGGAGUACGGAGGGUACCUCAUUCCGAAGGGAUGGAAAGUCCUCCCCCUGUUUAGGAACAUACACCACAGUGCGGACAAUUUCCCUGAGCCUGAAAAAUUUGACCCCUCGAGAUUCGAGGCAGCACCAAAGCCGAACACCUUCAUGCCCUUUGGCAGUGGGACCCACUCAUGCCCUGGAAAUGAGCUGGCUAAGCUGGAGAUUCUGGUCCUCCUCCACCACCUCGCUACAAAGUACAGGUGGUCACUGUCUGGAUCCGAUACUGGAAUUCAGUUCGGACCUUUCGCUCUUCCUCUGAAUGGACUGCCCCUCACAUUUUCUUUCAAGACGGAGAAAUGAGGGGGCCGGGCUCGCUUAGUGAAAAAACCUAACAUACUAUCGGAACUUAUGGCAACAAAAAAAAAAAAAAAAAAA